AUGAGCGAGAAUGGAAAAAUAAUUGAAUUUAAAGGAACUAAAUAUUAUUUGGAGGAAGAUCAAUUGUAUAAAUUGGUUCCAAUUGGAAGAGUUAAAGUGCCUGUUGACAUCAAAAAACUUAAAAAGUGUAUUCAAAUAAGCCUUCCUCAAGAAAAUCUACUGGAUGUGUUCAAAUUUCUCGACUUCAAUCAAUUAUUGUCUUUCCAACAAACAAGUUUUUAUUUCAAAAAUAUUAUUGACAAAUAUGGAAAGGAAUUGGCGAGGAAGAAAUUUUCUACGCUUAGAUUUCGUUUUGUUAAACCUAAUUUUGUUGAAAUACAACCUUAUCUUUAUGAUUUUGAAUUGAGUAGACAACUUGAACAAAAGUGGAUACAUGGAAUUGAAGAGCAAAUGCCAACGUUUUUAACAUCAUCUCACAUUCAGUAUAGAGAUAUAGACACGGUCAUUUGUGAAUUGGAACAAAAUUACAAUGGGAAAGUAUUAUAUCUUAUAAAACUGCCAAAAUUUCCAAAAAAUCUAGAACAAAUGGCUAUUGCUCGUUAUUUAUUCAAACUACUUUUUAAUUGUGUUUUUGAAUAUUUUGAAAUUCAUCAGGUUUUAUUUAAUCCACAAAUGAUUGACUUAUUAUUUGAUGUUGAAAAUGAAACAACAAAUUUUCCUUUACAAGUUCAUUCUCAAAACACAAAGCUACCUUUUCUUUGGAAUAACGAUCCUUGCUUUGUUUGGAAUCAUUUGGUUUCUAAUCGACUUAGAGUUGAUAUGCAUGCAUAUGAUACAGACUAUCUGUUUAAUGACAACGUCCAAGACAUUGAUAUAUUUAAUGACUUAACUCAAGUCCCUACCUCAAGAUUUAAAACUUUUGUGUUCGGUUUGUACAAAAUGUUGACUGAAGGCGGAAACAAAUUUUUAAAUAUUACUUGUUCACAUCUCGACUCUAGACUUUACAAUCUUAUCAUAAAGGUUUGUACAUUUCUAUUAUAA